UUUCAUUGUCAAACAAGUUUGUUGUGUUGAUCAUAGAUAAUAUUGGUUUUGAUUGUUGGUCAGUUUAAUAUAUUAAUUUAAUUUAGCCUCAUUUUUAUUCAAUUUUGAAUGCAAUUAUUGUAAUUACAUAUGUUAAUUUAGUUAUUUCCGGAAAACGUAAAAUGAAUUCUACAAUUUCUGACGACUUAAACCGUGAACAUUUGGCAUUGGAAGCAUCAAAGUGUUUAAAAAAUAUCCUCUCAAAUACUCAAAACGUCACUUCUCUACAUAAAGAAAUUUUGGAAAUAAAUUUAUCCAUCACUGCAUACAUUGAAGAAAGUAAAAACCGCCUAGAAGCUCUUCGUCUUGAGUUAGCCCGCCAAGCGACAAGCUCGCAUAGAGUUGUAGAUAUACUAAGUGAAAAAUAACAAAAUGUCAAAUUUUGCAAAAACUCCUCAAAAAAGAAAAAGCAACUACAGGAAUAUUAAUAGCACAAAUAGAGAAACUAAUAACAAUACAAAUACUCAACAUUUGAAACAGGAAUCAGCCAAAAAAUUGAUUGUAUGGUAUAAGCAGUUGGUUGAUAAUGAUCGCCAGAAAUUCAGUUUAUUUUUGUCAGAUGAUGUCACACUGGAAUGGUUUGGGAGGACUAUAAAGACUAGGAAAAAAGUUGCAGCUUUUGUUAAAAAUGACAUUCAAUGUUCCCGACAUGACUUUACGACUGUACAAAGUAUUGAAAAAAUUGAGACAAGAAAUGAAAGAUUACAUAGAAAUAGUGAAAAUAUUUUAAUCAGUCCUUUACAUUCCCCUGAAACUACUAACAUUCCAAAAACACAAAAAUCAGGUAAAAGAAAAAUUCAAACUACAUGCAACAGUCCACAGUGGGCUGAAGGAUGCAAGCCCAAUGAUGAUGAUGAAAUUGAGUGUAAAAGAAAAAAAUCAAACAUCAAUUUUGGAGUUAAUGAACAGAGAUAUCAUAUACGAGAAAAUCCUGAAGUUGAUGUUGUAAUAAGCAAUAAUGGUGAUGGUAUAACAGAAAAAUGCAAACAUAAAAGUUCCUCCAUAACACCUCCAAAUGUGGAAUAUGGUCAGGGUGAUUGCCUUCCGUCUACAAGUGGUACAGGUUCUGAGAGUUCACAUGAGGCAUUAAAUGCCCAACUACCUAAAUUAGCUGUUGAAUGUGAUGGUUAUGUUGAAUUUAAUAGAACUAGAAAUAGUCGUAGUUCAGAUUGCAUGAAAUGGGAUAGGAAAUGCAAAGUACAAAUUAGUUACUCGGAGGAUCCUCUUAAUAUAGGAGAGUAUAUAAUUUGGGCUUUACGAUAUAGUGACGAAAGUAAGUGUCGUAGGAAUUUAUUAGCUGCAUUCGAAGAAGCAGCUUCAGAUUAAUGUGUUGUGUACUUCUGUAUACACUAAUAAUUAUUGUUUCUAGAAUAACCCUUAAAGGUUUACUUCUAGAAUCUUAAUUUUCUUCAAAUAAUUUUAUUUAUCAUGACAUACUUUCUUAUGGAUUAUUAUGUAGCAUUACGUUCAAAUACUUUGUUUACAUGUGCCUAAGAAUUUAACACCAACACUGAAAUUUAAAAGUAAUCAGUAUAAACAGACUUAUUUACUAUGAAUUUGUAUAAUAUAAUUUCGGACACAAAAUAAACUGUAUGUUACAUAAAAAAGAACAUGUCUCUAAAUAAUAUUAUUUAACUGAACAAAAACAUAUUUGACAAAUAAAUACUAUUUAUACCAUAUUGUUUUAAGUAAUCUUUUCUUUUAUGUAUGUGUUCAUGAGAAGAUCUGAAUGAAAUAUAUUAAUAUUAAAAUAUACCUUUAAUAAUAUUAACAACUAACAACUUUCAACUGAUGUAUGGUAAUGUUUUAAACAUUACCACAGAAACAGUUGAAAGUUUGUCAUAAAUGUGUGCCUUGAAUUGUGAUGGACUACGUACUAUAUAUUAUAACAUACUUUUAUUUUGUGAACAAAGUAAUUUGACCAUUUAUUAGUAGCCUUUUGCUUAAAAUCUUGGUUAUGCCAAUAAAUGUAUAACAAGAGUAUUGUCGUUUUGAUGAUUGUGAUUUUCUUUUACUGCCAUGUGAAUUUUGAAGUAGAUGUGAAAGAUGGAUUAGACAUGAAUGUAUAUAUUAACAUGUUAUAUCUGAGAUAAACCACACACAAUAUGCUAUAUACAUUUUCAGUCAAAUCUUUAUGGCCUGAAAAAAAUCGAAAUCUAAAAAUCUAGUUAUUAGACAUCAAUAAAAACAAAAUUUGAUUUUGAAAUUAGAUAAGUAUUUCAAAUAUAGAGGCCAAGUUAUGUAAUUUUUAUAUAUUUUCUAAGCUUAAAAUAAAUAAAAUCUCAGUGAAAUACCACUGAUAUCAACCUGUGUCUGAAUAAGAGUCAUAGACACUGUUCCAUACUAUUUUAGCGUAGUGUAUUAUGUAGUCGAUAUUUUAAAUAUAAUGAGAAAAUUUACACACGAUAACAUUGUUUUUAUAUGAAUAUUGUUAUUAGCGGCUAUUCAUAAAAUAUGAUAGUAAGAAGAUAAAUAUUUCAAAAUGUAAUUAAAUUAAAUAACUUUCUUUUUUUUUUUAAGUUGCAUCACAUACAUAUUGUACCAUGUUCAUAAAAAAUGACUAUGCGUUGAUAUUUUUUGCCCCUUAGAGUAGUACAAAACGAAUCAAGACUGGAAUGCUGAAUUUGUAACUGGAUAAAGUUUAAAUGCAUUAAUGCUCUCUAGUAUAUCUGUCCCAUUUUGCAAUGACAAUUGUCUCUUGAUACGUCGGUACGCAUUUGGUGGUUAUCUUUAUAGGGAUAUGUUGUCACAAUUAGUUUAUGGUAUGACUAACUUAAUGUUUAAAAUUGGAUGGAUGCCAUUAUUAAGAAGUGUCAAGUUUCUUUACCUAUCAGUAACUAAGUAAAAAAUUAUAGAGAAUAAAAAUAAGUUAUAAUACACGUUUCAAAUAUUUUUAGACACAUUGUUAGAUUUCUAUAAUUAAUUUAGUGAAUAGCUCACAGCAUAUGUAAAGUUGUUAUUGGUCAUUUGUUCAUUUAAAAUUGUGUUUUUUUUAAGUAAAGUAAAAUUCGUGGCCAUAGUUAUGUUUAGCUGAUAGUAAUAGUUCGGGCUGCAUGUAAAACUAAUUUAGUGGAAUCCAGUUUGCGCAUUAAACUGCUCAACAGCCAAAACACAAGAAAAUUAGCAUUUUUUACAGAUUUUAUUGAAAGAACAACAGCCGCCUUUACAGUAAAACAGUAUUUUCAUAGCAACACUAGUCAUUUAUUAGCCAUUCAACUAUUACUUAAGCAGAAUUGGCUAUCGCCAAACGUCAUACUACUUCAUUAGUUGCACGUACUUAGUGUCAAACCGAUGGCCCCUACUUUUUAUGACGCAUUCUCAGCUUUGAGACUAUUUAGACGAAAAAAAAAUCAAAUUUACUAUUAUACGUGACAGUGUUAAAGACCGACAGACAGACAAGAGUUACUCAAGUUGUACGAAUGACAAAUAAAAUCUACCAAUUCUUGCAAAACUUAGCUAGGCAUAGCCCUUUCUAAUGUUUAUUUAAUAUUUGAAUGGCCCCCUUACAGUAUUAUACUGGUCGAAAGCCAAUCAAAACUUUAAAAAAAUAUUUAAUAACUGUAUCGUACGGUCUGUACGCGUGCGCCGGUUUUAUGGCAUAGCUUCAGUCUUUACGCAAACUGGUUUGUACAAGAACGAAUGAUAUUUGAUCAUGUAGCCUAUCGCAUAUUAUUCUUUACCUAUUUUAAAACAUUACUUGAAGUAAUAUGUUUUUGUUUUUCAUUUUAUUCUUAGCAGUUUUAAGAAAUAAAGUUGUUUAGAAAUA